AUGUAUCAAAAUUCGGUUAAGGGAUCCGAAAAAUUAAACAAACCAACCAAUGAUGGAAAAGAAGACGAAGGCAGAGAGGUAACAGAUAAAGAACCAACUUAUGUACCUCUUCCACCAUACAAACCAUCUAUACCCUAUCCUCAAAGACUUGUUAAAUCCAAAAAUGAAGGACAAUUCAAGAAAUUCGUGGAACUUCUGAAGCAGCUUAACAUAACCAUACCAUUCACAAAAGCCAUUACUCAAAUGCAUUCAUAUGCUAAAUUCCUUAAAGAUAUUAUAUCAAACAAGAAAAAACUUGAGGACGAUGAAACCGUUAUGGUUAUUGCAGAAUGCAGCGCUAUUAUUCAAAACAACAUGCCUCAUAAACUGAAAGACCCUAGUAGUUUUUCCAUACCACGUGUAAUCGGAAAGUUUAUCAUAGACAAAGCUAUAUGCAAUUUAGGAGCCAGUGUUAGUUUAAUUCCCUUAUCCACAUGCAAAAAACUCAAUUUGGGAGAAUUAAGACCAACAAAGAUGUCUCUACAACUAGCUGACCAUUCCGUUAAAUUUCCCGUAGGUAUGCUAGAGAACGUUCCCGUUUGUAUAGGACAAUUCUAUAUUCCUAAUGAAUUUGUGAUAAUGGAUAUAAAGGAGGAUUCCCACAUCCCUAUUGUUUUAGCAAGACCCUUUUUAGCCACAGCCGGAGCCAUAUAG